CAUGUCCCGGUUAUGUGGGCUCCCCUGGAUUUCUCUGUAGUAGGAUCCAGCCUUUUCAUUUCGGUGUCCCUUACCUUUGCAGCUGUUGUCUUCUUCUUUACCUUCUACUCCUUCUCUGAGGAAAAAGAUAAGCAACCAGGUUAAAGAAUGUCGCAGAACCCAGCAAAACAUGAACACACCGACACUAUGGGAGUUGGCAAGGCCAUUGCCGUGUUGACGUCUGGAGGAGAUGCCCAGGGCAUGAACGCCGCUGUCCGGGCAGUGGUCCGUGUGGGGAUAUACACAGGUGCCAAAGUGUUCUUUGUUCAUGAGGGCUACCAAGGGCUUGUGGAUGGUGGGGACAACAUUAAGGAAGCCACCUGGGAGAGCGUGUCCAUGAUGCUGCAGCUGGGUGGCACAGUGAUCGGAAGUGCCCGGUGCCAAGACUUCCGCACACACGAAGGACGCCUGAAAGCCGCUCGCAACCUGGUAAAGAGAGGAAUAACAAACCUGUGUGUGAUUGGGGGCGAUGGGAGCCUGACCGGAGCAGACACCUUCCGUGCAGAAUGGAGCACCCUGCUACAGGAGCUGGUCAAAGCAGGCGCCAUCACGGCAGAGGAGGCCAAGAAGUCUAAUUUCCUGAACAUCGUUGGCAUGGUUGGCUCUAUUGAUAAUGACUUUUGUGGCACUGACAUGACCAUCGGCACAGACUCCGCUCUCCACAGGAUAAUGGAAAUAGUGGAUGCUAUCGCUACCACUGCCCAAAGUCACCAGAGGACAUUUGUGCUGGAAGUGAUGGGUCGUCACUGCGGUUAUCUGGCUCUCGUAACGGCUUUGGCAAGUGGCGCAGACUGGGUUUUCAUUCCAGAAUCUCCCCCUGAAGACGACUGGGAAGAACAUUUGUGCAGGAGGCUAACUGAGACGAGAAACCGAGGCUCGAGGCUGAACAUCAUUAUCGUGGCUGAAGGAGCAAUUGACAAGCACGGCAAGCCGAUCACUUCAGAAGACAUCAAAAAGCUGGUCGUGAAACGCCUGGGCUACGACACGAGAGUCACCAUCCUGGGUCAUGUGCAGCGUGGCGGGACCCCCUCUGCCUUUGAUCGUAUCCUGGGAAGCAGGAUGGGUGUGGAAGCAGUUAUGGCAUUACUGGAGGGAACCCCCGAUACGCCAGCGUGUGUCGUCAGCCUGUCUGGCAACCAGGCCGUCCGGCUUCCUCUCAUGGAGUGUGUCCAAGUAACAAAAGAUGUCACAACAGCGAUGCAAGAAGGGCGGUUUGAUGAUGCUCUUAAACUCCGAGGGAGGAGUUUCCAGAAUAACUGGAACGUUUACAAGAUUUUGGCCCACAUACGUCCACCAUCUGCCAAGAGUGGCUACAACUUGGCCGUAAUGAAUGUGGGUGCCCCAGCUGCUGGCAUGAAUGCCGCAGUGAGGUCUACUGUCAGGAUCGGGUUAAUCCAUGGCCACAGGAUGCUAGCCAUUCACGAUGGGUUCGAAGGCCUGGCUGAACGAAAAGUUGAAGAGAUUGGAUGGGGAGGAGUUGGUGGCUGGACGGGAAAAGGUGGCUCGAACCUUGGAACCAAAAGGACUCUGCCUAAAAAAUACUUCGAACAAAUCAGUAACACCAUCGCCGACUACAGCAUUCAUGGCUUGAUCAUCAUUGGAGGCUUUGAGGCUUUCACCGGCAGCCUGGAGAUGAUCGAAGGCCGAGCAAAGUACGAGGAGCUCUGCAUCCCCAUCUGCGUUAUCCCGGCCACCGUCUCCAACAACGUUCCUGGCUCAGACUUCAGCAUUGGCGCCGACACCGCUCUCAACACCAUCACAGCGACAUGUGACCGUAUCAAGCAAUCUGCAGCCGGCACCAAGAGGCGGGUGUUCAUCAUUGAGACGAUGGGAGGCUACUGCGGCUACCUGGCUACCAUGGCGGGCUUGGCUGCAGGAGCUGACGCGGCGUAUAUUUAUGAAGACCCUUUCACCAUCCGCGACUUGGAGGCUAACGUGGAGCAUCUGACAGAAAAAAUGAAGACCACAGUGAAGAGAGGUCUAGUAUUGAGAAAUGAGAAAUGCAAUGAGAACUAUACCACUGACUUUGUAUACAACUUGUACUCUGAGGAAGGGAAAGGCAUCUUUGACACCAGAAAGAACGUGUUGGGUCACAUGCAGCAGGGUGGGACACCAACUCCAUUCGACAGGAACUUUGGAACGAAGAUGGGUGCCAAAGCAGUGGCGUGGAUGUCUGGCAAGAUUAAAGAGUGUUCCAGGCAUGGCCGUAUCUUUGCCAACACUGCCGAUUCCGCUUGCCUCCUGGGGAUGCGCAGAAGAGCCCUCGUCUUCCAGCCUCUUGCCGAAAUCAAAGAACAGACAGAUUUUGAGCACCGUAUCCCAAAAGAGCAGUGGUGGCUGAAGCUGCGGCCCAUCUUGAAGAUUCUUGCCAAGUACAAGAUUGAUCUGGAUACUUCAGAAAAAGCCCACUUAGAGCACAUCACGCGCAAGAGGGUAUCUGGGGAAGGCGCACUCUGAACGGCCGGGAAAGCAGCUA